UUACACAAUGAAGGGUUGAACAGAAACAAAAUGCUAGAAGGUGAAAUGAUCUUGAAACCUUCUGCAAUUCUCCUGGAAUCUGCUGGAGUCCAGUAGAAAGCUUCCAGUGGCAUUGAGGAACCUGAACAAAGGACAAGUGUGGAUAUUAUGAGUUUUGAACUCAAGAGGUGAUCAGUGAGAAAGAAAGGGCUGAACUCACAAACUCAGUGAAAACAGCAGGCAGAAAGCAGUGACUGAUAACGCCCAGAGUCUCCAAAAAUUGUCCAUAGAUUUGGUUCCAGAAUGCUGCAAGAAGCACCCACUAUAUUCCAAGAAUGGUUGAAGCAAUCCUGGCCUCAGGAUAAAACCCAUCUUUAUACUGCUGUGAUUCUGACCUGUGGUACAACUGCAUUUUAUUUUGUACUGAAAUGGUUAGGCCAGAAAAGGAUUAAAAAACAAAUAGAAGAAACAAGAAGACAAAGGGAUCGUGGCUUGAUAGAAAUGGAAAAAUCAGUGCAGGCAUUUAAAAGCCAGAACCCUGGGAUACCAACAGGUGACAUCCUUUCUCUGCCUCUGGUGGAACUGGUUCAGAAGCUGAAAGAAGACACUUUGUCUCCAGAUGUGGUCCUCUACACCUAUAUGGAAAAGGCUUUAACGGUCACCAAGGAGGUGAACUGUGUGCGCCAUUUUAUUCCAGAAUGUGAGCCAUUUCUUCAGCAACUGAAAAAACAGGAGGAAAAGGGUUUAUUGUAUGGGGUACCUAUCAGCAUCAAAGACCACAUUGGAUACAAGGGCCACUUGACAACAUGUGGCUUUUCACAUUUUCUUGAUGUGGAAGGAGAGGACAGUGUGCUGGUUAAGGUAUUAAAGAAGCAGGGAGCAAAUCCAUUUGUAUUCACAAAUGUGCCGCAAUCUUUAUUCAACUAUGACUGCAGCAAUGUAGUUUUUGGGCAGACGGUGAAUCCUUUAGAUCAUAAGAGAACUCCUGGGGGUUCAUCUGGAGGGGAAGGGGCUCUAAUUGCUGGAGGAGGUUCUGUCUUGGGAUUUGGAUCAGAUGUGGGUGGAAGUAUCCGUCUACCUUCCAGCUUCUGUGGUCUUUGUGGGCUGAAGCCAACCACAGGUAGAUUGAGUGUUUCUGGAGUAAAGGAGCCUUUUCAUCUUAUGCUAAUUUUAGGGACAAUAGGACCAAUGGCAAAGGAUGUGGAUAGUCUUGCUCUAUGCAUGAGGGCUGUCUUAUGUGAUUACAUGUUCCAGCUGGAUCCCACUGUGCCACCCAUUCCAUUCAAUCAAGAGAUAUAUUCAAGCUCUACACCUCUACGGAUUGGAUAUUAUGACACAGAUGGCUAUUUCUUGCUCCCACCAUGCAUGAGAAGGGCUGUGCAUGAAACCAGGAAGCUUCUGCAGGAAGCUGGCCAUACACUAGUUCCCUUCGACCCAUCUUCUGUGGACUAUGUUAUUGAUGAAAUUUAUGUGAAAGGUGCUUUUGCAGAUGGAGGCUCAAGUCUGUUGGCCUUGUUUCAAAAAGAUAUAGUGGAUCCAGCUUUGAAAGCUCAAGUGAAAAUGCUUGCAAUCCCAAAAUUGGUGAAGAAAGUUUUGGCCAAGUUCACCAAGAGCUGGUUUCCCCGAUUGGCUGGGCAGCUGAAUGCGUUGUGUGGAGUAAGGAAUGUGAAGGACAUGUGGAAGAUCGAUAAUGAAUUGAUGGUCUAUCGUAAAAAGUUUAUUGAGCAUUGGAGAAAAAACAAGCUUGAUGUUGUCCUGUGCCCUGUUCUGGGUCCUGCCUUCUUUCUUGGAUAUCCUUCAAAAAUACUGGGUGCUAUCUCUAGUACCAUGCUGUACAAUGCUUUGAACUUCCCUGCUGGAGUUGUACCAGUUACCACAGUUACAGAAGCAGAUGAAGAAGAGAUGGCACAGUACCAGGGACUGUAUGGUGACUCCUGGGAUAGGACCCUGAAAAAGGCAGUAGAAGGUGCUGUUGGCCUUCCUGUGGCAGUUCAAUGUGUAGCUUUACCAUGGCAGGAGGAAUUAUGCCUUCGGUUCAUGAAAGAAGUUGAGAUGCUGUCCAACAAAGAGCAACAGAAGAAAUUCAUCUGAAUCUGACAAGCAAUUUGUAGAUCAAGGAUGCAUCUGGACUUAUAAAAAUGAUAGAAUAUCAA